UUGCGCACACAGUGUGUGUGUGAUCGAUGUGAGUUGUUCCCCGGUGAUAGGAUGGCGUCUGCUGCACACGGAGAAGAGCUGAGCUGCUCCAUCUGCCUGGACCUUUCUAUGGAACUGGCAACACUGAGAUGUGGGCACAGGUUCUGCCGGGAUUGUAUGGUGACUGCUCUGGAUACACAGGAGGGAUCUGGAGUUUUUCCUUGUUUGAGGUGCAGAGAGGAGGAUGUAGAGUGUCCUGUGCCUGUGAAGAAGAUUAAGCUGAGUAACACCGUGGAAGACUCCCGAUCUAUGGAACAGGAGAACAGUGAGGUCUUCUGUACAUAUUGUGUGCAUUUUAGGGUGGCAGCUAUCAAGACUUGUCUGCAAUGUGAGACUUCUAUGUGUGAGAAACACCUGGCAGCCCACAACAUGACAGUGGACCAUGGGUUGACGGAACCAACUUCAUCCUUCAGAAGAAAAAAAUGCUCCAUCCACAAGAAGCUUCUGGAGUAUUACUGCUCCAAGGAUGCCGUCUGUCUAUGUGUGUCCUGCUGUCUGGUGGGAAAACAUAAAGAACAUGAAGUGGAACUUAUAGAAGAGGCUUCUGAGAAGAAGAAGGAGAAUCUGAGAAAAGUUUGUGAAUAUGUGACUAAAGAACGUGGAGAAAUUGAAGAACAAAUCCAGAAUCUACUGGACAACAAGAGAAAAGCACAGGAGAAAUCAGAGGAUGAGAAGAAGAGAGUCGCUGCUCUGUUUGAGGAUAUCAGGAGACAGCUGGAGGUCCAGGAACAGAGAGUCCUGAGUGAGAUCUCCAGACAGGUAGAGAAGGUCUCGUUGGCGGUCUCUGAGCUGAUUCAUCAACUGGAGACCCAGAAAGACACUCUAUCCAGGAAGAUCUGUCACAUUGAGGAGAUGUGUAACAUAACCGACCCCAUAACUUUCCUACAAGAACCAGAAAUGAAAGACCAAGAUAUGGAGGAACCUGAGAUCUGUGAGCUGGAUGAUUUCCUGAUCUCGCUUCCAUUGCUCAGAUCCCUAACUGAUCUAAUCGCCGACAUAAAAUCCAAAAAUAAUGUCCAUGUGAAAAAUUUGUUACUGGAUGAAAAAACUGCACACAAGAAAUUGGCCUUAUCCGCUGACCUGAAAAUGGCAACUGUGUCCAACAUAAAUCAGAAUAAACCAUAUUUAUUGGAGAGAUUUUACGAAUAUUGUCAGGUGAUGAGCAUUGAGAGUUUUUCCAGUGGGAGACAUUACUGGGAGGUAGAGAUCGGUGACAAUGAAGUUUGGGAUAUUGGCGUUUGCUAUCCCACCAUAGAUAGAGGACUUGAUGGUGAUUUUGGAUUAAGUGACAAGUCGUGGUGUCUAGGCGUGUCUGACGGUGAACUUUUUGCUCGGCACGACUGUGAAUGCGAGUUCUUCGUUUACCUGGAGUCUCCGGUGCAGAAAGUAGGAGUAUGUUUGGAUUAUGAAGGCGGCCGUCUGUCCUUCUACCAGCUGAGUGAUCCCAUCAGACACCUCCACACCUUCACCACCACCUUCACCGAACCCCUCCAUGCUGCUUUCUUUUUAGGUGAUAGUGGCUGGAUGAAGCUCUUAAUGUAAGCAUUAUUUAAAAAAUAUUGGAUUUGGUUCUUAAGAGAUUCUGAUGGACAUUAUAGUUUGCCACUUGGUUUUCUUCUUGCACUGGUUUAUAUGUACAUCAGAUUUUUCCUGUUUUCGGGGACUAAAUAAAGCUGUACGAAUUUCAGCAUUAUACAGGAUUA